CAAUGGAUGUAGUCAAACAGAAUUUGGAAAGAUUAGUUGACUUAAUUAAACCUCAGAUGUCGUUCCUCAAUUGUCAUAUGGUUGAUUAUUUAGUAAAUGACCACUGGAAUACAUACGUUCCAGCAGAAAUCAGGUGUGAACUGAAAACCAGAGAAGAUUUUAGAAAUGCUAAAGAGCUGUUUUGGGGUCAGUUCGAAAAGAGUAAUCAAUUUGCUCCAGGAUUUCCUUCCCUAGCUAAACACAUCGAAAUGAGUAAAGAAUACCGAUUGGAUGCGCUUUCUAAUGUGCUUAUGACCACGGAGCAGCUGAAGUUUGCAUUUGAUUCGUGCUUGAAACAUACCCGUCUAAACAUGCCUGAAUUGAUGAGCCCGAAAAAGUGCCAUGAAGUCGAAAUUGCUUCCGCCGUUGUAGCAUCGCUUUGUACGGUGAUUGCCAGUAGAACGGGCUUGGCUAGCAUGGAACAGAUAGCUGUCAUUGAUGCUGGAGACGGAAAAGGGUACCUUUCUUCGAGAGUCGCAUUGGAACAUGACAUCAAGGUUUUGGGAAUUGACGCGAACGAAGGACACACUGCUAGUGCCGAACAACGACGGGAUCGAUUAAAGAAAAAAGUUCGAGGAGCCAUCCGAAGAUCUAACCUAGCCGAUGAUGAAUAUUUCGGAACUAUGGCGCUGGGUUCAGAAAAUCAACUACAGUCCAAUUACAAAACCACGACCAAAUUGAUCGAUUUCGAAACCGAUCUGAUCGAGCUAGUGCAGGACCAGUUUCCCAAAUCGAAGCCAAGUCACUUCUGUCUCGCAGGGCUUCAUACUUGCGGUAAUCUAGGACCAAACUGUCUACGGUUAUUUCACCAGAACCGACACAUACGAGCUCUGUGCAACGUUGGUUGUUGUUACCAUUUGCUUGUUGAAGAGUUUGUUGUCGAUAAAUUCUACAAUCCGGACAAAUUCAAAGAUAAUCCUGGUUUUGGUUUUCCGAUGAGCCAGUACCUGCGUGAGAAGCAUUUCUUUCUAGGGAGAAAUGUUCGUAAUAUGGCUGGUGAAUCGAUAGAGCGUUCGGCUGCCAAUCGAGAGGAUCCUAGUGAUAAACUUGGCUACCGGGCGAUGCUACAAUUGGUGCUGAAAAAGCUGCAUGCAGAUGAAAACAGCCAGGUGGGGAAAAUGAAAUGCUCAGGGUUUGUGGAUUAUGCUAGAAAAUCAUUCAAACGGUUGAAGGUGGAUGAUUCUGGUGUAACGGAUGCUGAGCUAAGUGAUAUGGAGGACAAGUUUAGUUUGGAACUGGAACAGCUUAAGGUAUUUUAUUUGUACCGAAUGACCUUCGCUCCGAUUGUCGAAAGUGUUAUUCUUCUGGAUCGUUUGUUAUUUCUGAAGGAAUGUGGUUACGAUAAUAGUUUCCUGGUGAAUAUAUUCGACCCUGUAGUGUCACCACGUCGAUUCGCCAUCCUAGCAUUUAAAUGAGUGCUUACGAUUAAUACCUACAAAUGUUAGUGAUGAAUAAAAGUUCGAAUCCAACAAAAAAUAUAUAAAUUACAGUUCAUCAACCACCAAAUUCGCGUAAAGUCCUUCAUUAGAUUGCAGUGUGAAAGCAUUUUUCCUAUAGGUUAACACCUCUGGUGUCAAUAGUGACCGUUCUAUUCUGUACCGAGUUAGCAGCCUUACAAUGGCGACCUUAACCUGCAGCGUGCCGAAAUGUGAGCCCAAGCAUGUUCGCGGUCCAACACCAAAUGGCAUAUAGCUGCAUGGCACGAUAUUCUCUAAAUUCUCCUUCGCGAAACGAUCUGGAUUGAAACGAAGAGGAUCGGGAAAAUACUACGAAAGAUUGAAAAUAUAAUUCUCUGAAAAUGAAA